UGACAGGGCGUGGAUUGUCUGUAAUGCUUGAGUCUUUGAUAAACUAAAAUAAACAGCGGAGAAAGCGAGAGCUCAGAGAGAGCGAGUGCAGCACAGAGAACAGCCCGAACCCCGCGGAGAAAUGCUGAAGUCCUGCUGUAUUUACAGCACAGGGCUGCUGUCUAUUCUCGUCCUGAUAGCUGGUAUCGCCCUGGUGCUGUCUCAUGUCUUCCCGACCGCGCUGAACAACAGGAUAAAGAAUGAGGUUGUGCUGGAAAAUGGAACAGAGGCUUAUGCGGUUUGGCAGGACCCUCCGGCCCCGGUGUACAUGCAGUUUUACUUCUUCAAUCUGACAAACCCCGGUGAGAUGCUGAAAGGAGAGAGGCCUGCGGUGAUGGAGGUCGGCCCCUAUACGUACAGAGAGUAUCGGCCAAUGGAGAAUGUGACCUUUAUGGAGAACGGUACCAAAGUAGCUGCAGUCAAUCCUAAAACCUACGUGUUUGAGCCUAACAUGUCACGAGGCUCAGAGGAUGACCUCAUCCGGACUGUCAACAUCCCUGCAGUGACUGUGAUGGAGAUGUAUAAAGAUUCAUUCUUCGCCCGACUGCUCGCUGAUUUGAUGACUGGUUAUAACGUCGAGCUUUUUGUGACGCGGACAGUGGGGGAGCUGCUGUGGGGCUAUGAGGACAUUUUGCUGAAGGAACUUAAAAAGCUGAAACCCUCGCUGGAUCCCUACUUCGGUUUGUUCUACAAGAUGAACACAACAGAUGAUGGCGAGUAUGUGUUUUUUACAGGAAAACAAGACUAUCAGGACUUUGCUCGAAUAGAUCAGUGGAGAGGAAAUAGCUCCCUGGAUUGGUGGAAUACGCCUGAGUGCAACAUGAUCAAUGGAACGAAUGGAGCAUCUUUUCAUCCAAUCAUCUCCAAGACAGAGAGGCUCUACAUGUUCUCCUCCGACCUCUGCAGGUCCAUCUACGCAACGUUUGAGUCUGAGCUCAGUGUGAUGGGGAUCCCUGCGUACCGCUUCGUUCCUCCCAGUGAAGUGUUCGCCAAUAAGACAGUAAAUCCUGAUAAUGCUGGUUUCUGCGUUGGUAACUACUGCCUCAGCUCUGGCCUGCUGAACGUCAGCGUCUGUAAACAAGGUGCUCCGAUCAUUAUGUCGUCUCCUCAUUUCUACCAGGCAGAUGACAUGUUUGCUCAGGAUGUAAUUGGAAUGCAUCCCAACAAGGAGGAACACCAGACAGCCAUUGAUAUUAAUCCGCUCACGGGAAUGGUGGUGCAGGCUGCGAAGCGUCUUCAGGUCAACGUCUUCGUUGAGAAGCUAUCGGCCUUCACACUAACAGGAAAUGUCCGGACGUUGGUCUACCCAGUCAUGUACCUGAAUGAGAGCGUGCUCAUUGACGCCGAUUCCGCCAAGAAGCUUGGAGCCGUCGUGCAGGAGGCCAACGUGGUGAUCAACAUUCCCUUCAUGGUGAUUGGUUUGGGCGUGCUGCUGGGGGUCGUCUUCAUGCUGCUGCUGUGCUGUCUGAGGACCCCACAGAGCACUGCUGCUGAACGCCAGCCCUUACUGGAGUCGUAACUGGGAGUACUGGCCUUUUCUUUCAUGUUGUGUGAACUGGAGGUAGCUGUCGCACUGAAUCCACAUCACUUUAACGUUUGUUAAUACAUGCCGAUACAGUUUUCACCCAGGAUUAUUGCCAGUCGCUGUUCGCCAAGCACCACCUGGAUUGAGACUGGAGUAGCAUGAUGCCAUCGGCUGCGAGGACUCUUUUUAAGUUGUUGGUUUUUUUUUUUUUGUUGUUUUAUAUUGUUUUUAUUUGAGAUUUUUUAUAUAAUAAGCAGCAUUGCAAUGAGUGGCAUGGUUGAAGAUGUAAAACUGUCAAUGUAGACCAUUUAAAAUAUAGAUAACAUCCCGAGAAAGAGUCUGAGGGAGUACAGACAUGGAUCACACAUCAGGGAUCAUAGUGGAAAAUGUUGCUUUAAUGAGAAAUAUGAAUAAGAAUAAUGUUUGCACCUGGUUUAUACAUAGAUUUAUUUUAAAUAAUUAAUUUCAAAUUUUAUGUUAUUUUCUACCCAUUUUUGAAUGCCAAUAACCCAAUCCUCAUUCAUAUGGAGGAGCCCUGCCUCCUUCCUAACUGACGCCAAUGCCGAAUCACUAGGCUAUAGAACACUAUUAGAGGAAAGUGCCAGAUCCCCAGCUCACAUAAAGCAAACCCAGUGGACUACAGCCUCAGCCUUCUUCCUAAAAGCUCCAUGACCGGACAUGAGGAUAAAAUGCAAGUAAACAUUGACAUUGAUUAAUCUGAUGAAUAGAGACUUAAAGCUUAGAACCCAGAAGGACUACAAGACGAUUGAUGAGAUGGAUAAUUUUCUUCUGAACAAGUAGCUAAGCACUGAGCUUCAGCUAAGAUUGUCUAACCUUACUAACCUAGCUUGCUAAUUUACCAAAACCACUAGUAGGCAUAGACGUUUUAAGUCAUUUUUACAUUCAAGUGCUCACAUUCAUAGUCCGUAGUCCAUGUACAGCUGGGGGUAGUUCUGCAUGAUAUUGGAAAAAAAAUACAUUUACAUUUUUUUUGACAAUAUAUGUUGCAAUAUUGCACAAUGCAGGGCCCAUGACAUCACCAGUCCCUCCCUCUCCUGCGCAUUGUCUCGCGUCCGGACUGAUCAAGAGCGAGGCAGUCAAAACCCGAGGAAAACAACAGUAAUCGGCCCUUUAAUCAGGCAUUUAAAUGGCUUUUUAGCUGUAUCUGUGCAAAACUGUGCUGGACUGCAGUGCACAGCUUUCGACAAGUGUGUUUAACAGCACAAGCCCAACCAUAUGGAUGAAGGCUAGGCUGUUACCUCACGUUUACUUCUGACCCACCCCCCUCACGCUCUACCUCCCCCUCUUGCUUCUCUUGCAGGCAGCAGCAGCCUUUCACUCACACAGACACAGAGACAGCGCUGUGUAUCUACUUCUUGUGUCAAGAACCAAAACAUUGCAACAUGACGUGUUGGAUUUAAUUACUUUAUGUGACAAUAGCACGUCCUGGAAUGUGACUAUUGCGAUGACGAUGCUUAAAUGAUGUAUCGUGCAGCCCUAGCUGGGGGUAUUUGAGAAAUGUAGUUAUCUAGACUAGUUCUAUCUAAUGGCAUCAGCAUAGAGCACGCUAACAUAAACUACAUUCAAACUGUUUACCACCUCAGCAGCAACCAGAUCGACAGAAGCUUAUGAGGCUGUUGGGUUGCUAUGAUACACUCUGUGAGCAGAGAGUGCCAUCUCGCCACCUUUUAAAAAUCACGAUUAAUUGUGCUCGCUCAGACUCCAGCUGCUGAUGCAAUACGCAACAGAAUUAACCAGGACCGGAACCAAAGAUCUAGUGAAAAUUAAUACAUUUAGAAUUAAAAUUGAAUUUUCCUUACUAAAAUCUUCCACGAUUGACAGAAGUGUAAUAAAAGGUGAUUACCCAACUCGCUCUAAUAUAAUCACGCCCUGCACUGCAGUCACUCCAGUCUGUUUGUUUUGGUCACAGAUUCAACAGAAAAAAAGCUAAAUUUAGAAACUGACCAACACUGUGUGCACAAACUGCUAAAUUUAGAAACUGACCCCCACUGUGUCCGCAGUGUCCUUAAUAUCAUAACUGACUGACAUGUUUAAGUCCUGUUUCUGAUUGGUUCCUCUUGAACACUAGGGAGGGGCGUGCUCAAUCACUUCUGCUCUUGUGAUCCUGGUUUAGUUGUGUUUGAGAUUUUUCAGCCAUUUAAAAUAUAAUUUAAAUAUUCCAUUUUGUUUAAUAUGUUGAUAGAAAAUGUUUGUAAUUUGUCAUUUUUAUUAUUUUUUUUCAUCCAUUUUGGAGAUUUUUAUCAAUUUUAUAUGAAUGUUUUGGCCAAAACCGAACAAUUUUUUAAAUUAUUUUUUUCUCUGACACUUUAAAAUGCGUAUUUCGUAUGAAUGGUAUGUUUGCUGCAUUUAAAAGAAAAGAUCACCUCACUCCACAGAAAUGCCACUGUUCAGUGUAAAUUAAGUUUUUAUUUUUUAUUAAUUUGUUUUUUUACAUUUUGGGACAAAUGAUUUAGCUUUCCCAAUAUUAGCUACAUCCAUACUUAAUAUAACAUACAUUCUUUCUUCUUCAAACAAAACCGUGUGGGAGUUUUUAGAGGUUUUAUCAGUUACUCCAGUUAGUCCAGCAUUUAUUAUACUAUACAGCUCUGAAAAAAAGAAGAGACCACUUAAUGAUGAUGAUUUUCCUUGAUUUUACCAAAUUGAAAACCUCUGGAAUAUAAUCAAGAGGAAGAUGGAUGAUCACAAGCCAUCAGACCAAACUGAACUGCUUGAAUUUUUGCACCAGGAGUGUAAAGCAUAAAGUUAUCCAAAAGCAGUGUGUAAGACUGUUGGAGGAGAACAUGCCAAGAAGCAUAAAAACAGUGAUUAAAAACUAGGAUUGUUUAACCAAAUAUUGAUUUAAAACUUUAUGAAUAUGAACUUGUUUUCUUUGCAUUAUUUGAGGUCUAAAGCUCUGCAUCUUUUUGUUAUUUCAGCCAUUUCUCAUUUUCUGCAAAUAAAUGCUCUAAAUGACAAUAUUUAUUUGGAAUUUGGGAGAAAUAUUGCCCAUAGUUUAUAAAAUAAAACAACAAUGUUCAUUUACCUCAAACUUAUACCUAUAAAUAGCAAAAUCAGAGCAACUGAUCCAGAAACUGAAGUGGUCUCUUAUUUUUUUCCAGAGUUGUAUAUAUUAAAAAAUUUAUAGAUAUUGAUAAUGUACUCCCUGUAUUGUAUAUUGGAGUACAGUAAAUUAUAUGGGAUUCAUGUUAUCUGCUUCUACUAGAUAAAAGAAAAUAUCCUUUUUAUCGAGCGGCAAAAAUGACAAUAUUAAUAACUUUAAUUUAAAUUUGCCUUACCUGACAUUGCUCGUCCUGCGAUGAGUCAGUUAUGCAUGUCCACAUUGCUAAUAUGUAGAAUCUGUCUAGAGAAUCAGCCAUUCUACCACCAAACCUAAUUAAAUUUGAGGUGUUAAGAGUUAAUAAUUCUGUAUCAGUGUUUGUGUAUUUGAGCCAAAAAUGUACAGUUUGCGUUUUCAUUAACAUUUGUCUAUCCAUAAAAAAUGUCCUCUUUUUAUCAUUUUUUUUAUUUUGUUGCUACUGAUGAUGCAAAUGUGCGUAAAUUGAAACUUUGCAGAUUUUUUAAUAUUUGAUAAAUGUUAUUGAUAAAGUCAUGAAAGUUAGUUGUCAUGCUCAUAUUGAUUGUACUUCAAUCUCCAAGGUUGUCUCAUGUACACAAGGUUCCCACAGCAAACAGCAGUGUUUGGAUUUGUCCAGAGUUUAUUUGAGUUCAGGCGAAACUGGAAUCCAUAUCCAGUCUAAUCUGCUUUUAAAUUGAAAUAUAUAUAUAUUUUCUGUUAUUCCAAUAUUCAGUGCUGUGUCACAUUGUAAGAUGCCAAGAAAGUGGUUCGCCAAUUCACAAAAUCGUAUUAUAACAUAAAAUAUCAAAUUCAGAUCUUUGAUUCUGUAAGGUGUUGAAUUUGAUCAUUUUUAGCCGUUUUUAAAAACCUCUUUACUAAAAGUAUCGUAAGUUUCAUAUUUCAAUACAGUAACAUUAUUAGGGCUAAAUGAAUGUAUUAAAAUCAUGUGAUUUCAGCCAUUGAAGUUCAGUGUUAUCACAGCUGUUUCAAACCCUCACAUCUGAGCACUGUAUCUGUAGUUACAAUUAAUAUAUUAAUGAUAAAAAGCACGCCAAAAUAAACAUGCUUUAAUUUAUCGCAGUGUUAUGUGGGUAUUUCGCAUAUUAGCAAUUUUAACCAAUGAGAAAGUUUAAUUAAUAUGAGAUGUUGAAAUAUCAGGAAAAAUAUGUUUUUUUUUUUUAGUUUAUUACUUUUAUUUGUUUAUUUUGUUUCAUUCAUUGCAGGGAAAAAAAUAUAUCUUAAUCAAUUCUGUUUACUUUUACUGUUUUUUUUUUUAUUUAGUAAACUAAGUCACCAUUUUGAGAAAGUAAGUUGUUUUAAUAUAAUAAUUUAAAGUUAUGAAGUUAUUUUGCUAAAACAAAAAAUUUAAGGAAUUUUUAUUAAUGUGAUCCACUAAGGGCCCUAUUGUAGCGAUCUCUUGGCAAAACAUUAACUGAGUAUGAGUGCGUCUUUGCUAUCAUAAUGACGGGAAAAGUACACCUUGUGUGGCUUAAAAUGUUAGUUAAAAAUGGGUGUGGUUUUGGAGUAACAUGAAAUAUACUAAUCAGUGUGUCACUUGCCAUCCCCUUUAAGAGUCAGGUGUGCUCUGAUUGAUAGUUUUGUAUUGAUUUAGAAUAAUGUUAUUUUAUUUUGUAUUCUGAUUAUUGUUGAUGUCAAAUGUGUGCAUAACAAGUGAGGGUGUACAUGUGUUGGGCAUGUGGCUGUGUUGACAAUUCUCUGCCAAGAGAGCAAUGAACAUCCAUCCAUCUGACUGUUGUCAUUGGUCUAGGCUAUUUUCAGUCAGUGGUGCACUUUUGUUUUCCGUUGCCAAGAUAGCAAUCUGCCAAAAAUGUACCUAAACACACUUUAUUUUAUUACCGCCACGCCCAUCAGUGUAGAUAUAUUCACAAGCACCAUUGCUAUUUUAACAAUGCAGGCACAGGGGGUGAAAAAAGACUUUUCAUAGGGUGUAAGGUGGGCAUGUGACACGCCUAAUAUAGGGUGUGAGGUGGGGCCCUAAGUCUGUUUAAAUGCAGAAUAAAAAAUUAGGGAAUAUGACUAAUUUUUAGAUACUAAAGACAAAGUUUUAGGGAAAUUAGUUAAUUUGAUAUGCAUAAUUAAAAUUUAAAUUAAUUUUAAAGUUUUCAAAAGAAUUGAAAGAUGUAAAAUGCAUUUUUUUUUUUGUGAUUCCAAUAUGCAAAGUCAAGUGUGAUGUGAAAACUUUGAACAAACAAUGGUCAUAGUGAGAAGGCUAAAGUGUUUUUUUUUUUCUUCAAUAUAUACCUGUACAUAUAUACCUGUACCUCUUUGGAAUGAGCUUAAGCUUUUAAUGUGUGUAUUAAAUAUGAAAAGGGAAAUCUGCUGCAUUUUGAUUUGAUCCGUUAAUCUGUUGAUUACGCUGAUUAUCUUUAUCUGAUUUGAGAAAUUGUUAUUUUCCACUACUUUAAGUUGCACUUUAGCAGUAAUGUGUAAAACUCUGUUGGGUGUUUUCUGCGAGAGCUGGGUAUCAGUCUGUAUUUUUCAGUGUCGUUCUCAUUAUUAAUACCACUUCCUGAAAGUUACAGGGAGUUACAUUACUAAAAGUGGGCGUGGCUUAUUAAAGCAGAACUCAAUUGAUUGGGUGCUGGCUGUUUAUCACAGUGUAUCGGCACAGUGUAUGAGUCAUCAGGAAAUGCUGAUUUCUGAACAAGCAUUCUUAUUGGCUUGGAAUUCAGAUUCAGAUAAUGACAACUGCUGAAUGAUGAUGAUGAUGAUGAUGAUGAUGAUGAUGAUGAUGAUGAUUAAUCAGAAUUGAUGCAGUGUGGCACUGUAAUAAAGUACUGGAUUUUGAUACCCGGCUGUGUUCUGUAGCUGUGCUAACUGUGCAGUGUUGUGUUUGAACUGAUUCUCGUGUAAUGCAGGUUCUGAUGGUUCUGGGUGAACUCAUGUAUUUUCAUUCAACUCACACCUGAUUUUAGUUUUUGUAAUAUUUGCAAUAUUUUGUUGUUUGUUUUUUUAUUAUUAUUGCAUCAUGUAAAACUUGUAAAAGCAUCUGGAUUUUUUGGUUUUCCUUAAAAAAAAAAAAAAAAAACACAUAUUGCACUACCACUGUAACAAUAUCAAAAACAUGUAAAACACAAUAAAAAACAUUAUUUACA